UGCUCCGCGUUACAGCCGGGGGAGGUGGAGCCGCUUUAUCGGUAGCCGAAGUGGAAAUUUCCCCGUCAGUUGCCGGCUCCGCCGCGGAGGAAGCAUCAGGGAGAGUCGCCUGCUCUCGUCUCCCCCGUGCCGCGCCGCGUCCCGCCCGCUGUCAUGUCCAACUACAUCCACGUCCCGCCUGGCUCGCCGGAGGUGCCCAAACUGGACAUCACCGUCAGCGAGCGGGAGGGGCCCGGCUAUCGCCAGGGCGCCCUGCAGCUCCUGCGCCGGCUGCGCCCGCACUGGAGACCCGAGGAGGUGACGCUGCAGCUGUUCACCGAUGGAAUCACCAAUAAAUUAAUUGGCUGCUACGUGGGUGACAUAACAGAUGAUGUCGUUCUAGUUCGGAUCUAUGGGAACAAGACCGAGCUGCUGGUGGAUCGGGACGAGGAGGUGAAGAGUUUCCGUGUGCUGCAGGCCCAUGGCUGUGCUCCUCAGCUCUACUGCACCUUCAACAAUGGCCUGUGCUACGAGUUCAUGCAGGGAGAAGCCCUGGAUCCAGAGCAUGUGUGCAAUCCAGAUAUUUUCAAACUCAUUGCUAGACAGCUUGCUAAAAUCCAUACUAUUCAUGCACACAAUGGAUGGAUCCCUAAAUCCAAUUUGUGGCUGAAAAUGGGGAAGUACUUCUCUCUCAUACCCACAGAAUUUGCAGAUGAGGAAGUAAAUAAAAGGUUCUUAAGUGACAUUCCAAGUCCUCAAGUUCUUCAGGAAGAGAUGGCCUGGAUGAAGGAAAGACUGUCAAAUUUAGGAUCACCAGUGGUGCUCUGUCACAACGACCUGUUGUGUAAGAAUAUUAUUUACAACAAGAAAAGAGGUGAUGUGCAGUUCAUAGACUAUGAGUACUCUGGCUACAACUACCUGGCUUAUGACAUUGGAAAUCACUUCAAUGAAUUUGCAGGAGUAAAUGAGGUAGACUACAGCCUUUAUCCCAACAGACAAUUGCAGGAGCAAUGGCUGAGAUCUUACCUUGAGGCCUACAAAGAAUAUAAAGGAUUUGGCACAGAAGUCAGUGAAAAAGAAGUUGAAGUUCUGUAUGUUCAAGUCAAUCAGUUUGCACUGGCCUCGCACUUCUUCUGGGGAUUGUGGGCUCUAAUUCAAGCCAAAUAUUCCACCAUUGAUUUUGAUUUUCUAGGGUAUGCAAUUGUUCGGUUUAACCAGUAUUUCAAAAUGAAACUGGAGGUCAUGACGUUAACUCUUCCUGAGUAAUGAAGAGGAGGACUCUUACCAAGUGGAUAGACAACCCCUGAAUCUUUUCUGAGAACAGAUACUGGAAAAAAGCUAAACAUUUGUUGAAGUGCUGUAAUGCUCACUUGGUGGUUCUUGCUUUAUAAAUAAUGCCUCUAGACAGUCCUUCAAUGUUAAAUUUAUUAUGAAGAACAUACGUACUGCUGUUGAUAUAAAACGGAUUAGAAACUUGCUAAAUCUAUAAAAAGUUGUAGAAAUGGCAAUUUAAUCCUUCUUUGUAAUUUAACAUAUGUUGUAUGUGAAUUAUUUAUUAUACGUUUAACAUGAUUCCGUUGCUGCUUUCAUCAGUUUUUGUUAAAGUUGGGUGCAGACAGUGAAGUUGUUCCAAAGGAUUCAUUUAACAACUUAUUUUGUUGAAAUUGCAUUCAUUUAUGCUAAAGAAGACAUGUCAGAGACAAUUUUUCUCUUAGGGGCCUACGAGCAAAAGGAGUGACAAUAGAUUUGAGAUCUCUAGUUGUGGUAUAGCUAGGGAGAAGGGUUAGGAUGAACUUUAUUUUUCUCUCCUCCAUUUUUUUUUUUUAAGGUAGCUUUCCAUAUGAUGGUACUUUACUUUUGCACAAGAAUCAAGCAGCUUGUUGAAAUCAUAAAUAACAUUUUGAUUUUUUUUCUUGUCUUACUGAGCUGUAAAAAUGUUCAAGUUCUGUGACAAGAUUUUUCUGAGGAUAUUGUACCAAUCACUGGUGUUAGGUGGACAACCUGCCAUCCCUAAUUUCCGUGGGAAAGCUGCUUGUUUAUUAAGUGUACUCUUAAAAUCGAAAGACCACUAUUCCAAAUCUCUCUUCCUUUUUGAAACUUGAUUCUAGAUUUGAACACCAUUCUGGUGUCUGUAUCUGUUGUGCUCCAGUGGCAGAAUGGCCUGUUGGACCGGAGAUAGGAGAGCAGAGAUCCUGGGGAGCAAGACACAGGUUUACAAUUCCUGUAUGGAUGACAACUUUCUGCUUUGUCGCCUUCUAACCUUGGACUCUUUAAGUCUUAAAUGCCUGGUCCUGUAGUUGUGCAGAUUCUGGUAUGUCUGGUGGUUCUUUUUUAUUUUUUUCCUGCCAGCAAAUUGCUUUUCAGAUCCUCCGGUUUGAAGGGCAUGGAAAAGCAAUGAGUGAUUUGAGCAAAUGAGGCUUUGAUCAUCACACACACUUUAUUUCUUAAAGGUGUUAUACCAAGAAUGGUCUGGAUUACAAAAUGUUAACUGAAAAUGCUUACCUAAUGGAACAGUGCAUAAGUUUGUGUGGAAAAGAGGCUUUAACUCUGAAAGGGAGGGUGGGAUUGGGGGCAGGAGAUGGGAAGGAACCCACAGCAGAAAAACUCAAGCCCAACAAUGCAGUUUGGGGCUAGGCAGGCAUGAACUUGACUCUGAUGAUACUCUGAAAAACUUUGCACUUUGGUCACAUAAGUGCCCACAUGUACAAAGUCUGUGCAUGUGCAUGAACACAUGCAAACACAAACUUACGUGGGGAGUCUGUUGUACAGACUCCAGCAAAGAUAUUUAUUCAGAAUUGCUUUAUGGCACAUGCAGUGUGUGUACGUGUGUAUAGUAGGUACACGCGUACAUACAUGUGUGCUUUUACAAAAGCUUGGAGUGAUUCAGGACAAAGAAAAUUCAUGUGAAUGAAAAGUCUUCACCAAUAAAGACCAUUUCCAAUGGUAUUCUGUUGUUUUACAAAAGCACGGUUUAGGAUUUUUUUUUCCUUUUGUUUAUAUUAAUCUCUGAAUGUUUCAAUUUUUUUAAUUCAGUCAAAACCUUUAAAAUCUUUAUAUAAAUGGGAGAACUGGGGUUUUUUUGUAACUUGAAAUGAGGAAAUCAUUUUCAUUAGCUGGAGGCUACUAUACUGGACAAACUCUCUUUGAUUUGAAACAAAUAGCUAAAAUAGACAUUUAUAAUUUACUUUGUAGCAGUUAUCAAGGAUGUUGCUAGAGCUCACGAAGGCACUGAAGACCUUAAUCUUCUGUACUGUCUCCCUACGGAUUUUAUUGACAUUUGAUGAAUAAUACCCUGCUGUCUUGUAUUUCCUUUAAGUUCAGCAAGAUGUCCUUGGAAUUAAGAUUGCUAAAGAUUUUUGAACUCUGUUACUAUUUUCUUCGAAGCAGUGGCUUUAUUUCUGACAGUGUUGCUUUGUAUUUAUGAAAUAUUUUGAAAGAAGGCUGUGAAAUUCAUUUAGUCUUGGGAAAUCCAACACUUGACAGAUUCGAAGUUUCCCAAGGGCUGGCAAAACACAUUCCCUUUUUCAGGUACCAGUGCUACUUAGGUUUGGAGUUACUGUAAUUUUUGUCAGUAGUAUUUUUGUUUGUAUAGCUCAAGUAGCAAUAACUGCAGGAGUGGAAGUUUGCUUCCACAGAACCAAAGCUUUUCCUGAGUGCAGCUCAAAUCUCAUCCUUGUGGAGUGAAUCCUGUAAAAGCACUUUGAAGCAGGUAGCAAAUAGUCCAAGCUUUUCCUGAGCCACUUUGAAGGAGCACAAGGACUGUCGCAGGUUACGGUGGUUGACUUUGCAGUACUGGUCAAGGCUUUAAGUUUGCACGUUGGAAUUCACUCCAGCCGCUUCAACACGGCUCUGCAUCAGCUUCCUCUCAAGUGCAGGUUACAUCCAUUUGUGAUCCAUCUCUGAGGAAAUACUGUAAAACAUCUCCCAAAACGAAAUGCCAGUUACCUUUGAGCCUUGUUCCACAUCCGUUUGAGCCAGUAGCACUCGGAUAUCCUCGUUUCCUGAGGAGUAUCUACAGAUGCAUUAAGUUGGAAGUAGUAAGUUUGCAUUGCAGUUGAUAAGGUAGCUUGAAACUGUGAAUACAGGACAUUCUGAAUGUAAGUUAGGUACUAGAGAACACGUACUUGUUUCACUUAUUUAUCUCGGUCUCUGUAAUAGCAACAUGAAGAUAUUUGAAGUAGGACAAAAAUAUGACUGAGCUCUAGAAACAUCCUGUAGUAGUUUUGACUGUGACUUGCCAAGAAGAUACUCUGUUGCCUUUGUUAAGCUAAGGGCAUGAACGCCAAAAUUAAUAAUUCUUGCUGUAGUUAAAGCUAUAUUGUAAAUAUCAAGAGGAUUAUUAAUCUGGGCUUUCUUGCAGAAAUAGCAUCAAGUCAAUAGACUGUAGUGGCCUGGUUGCUUUUGUAAAGCAGAAUAGUGUGAUUUUUUUUUUUUUUUUUUUUCCCCUUCUCAUUUCUGCAGUCAGAUCUGGCUAAUCCAGGCCUAAUUUCUUAGGUCACCCAAGCAUGAAAGAUUUCUGAAUGGUCACUAGUCUCCUGUCACAUAAUUUUAAAUACCUUCAUUGACACUUGUUGAUUUACUUUUUAAAAGGACAUAAGAAAUUUGCAUUAACCAGGUCUGACUGUACAUGUAUAUACAACAGUGUAAAUAACCAUUUGUAAAUUAGUGUGAAUUGUACUCUAUCUUGCAUUUAUGGACUCGUGUAUUGCAUUGUAUUCUCUCCCAUUUUGUAGAAAUCUUGAUGUAAAGAAGAAAUCUAACUCUGUGUGUGGACUUCUUUUGUUAAAUUGAUUUAUAACGGAGCAUAAUACUUUCAUGUUAAGAUAUCCAUUUAUAGCCUUGGACACCCAGUGUCUUUUUUUCCCCUGUUAGCUUUUUGAAAUCUUGCUCUUGGGAAUGAUUCUGGGAAUAAAAAGAUUUUUACAGUACUUACAUUAAGAGAAAAUCUGUUCUAAUAAUAGGGCAAACCAUGUGUCAGAGGUAUAUGCAAUACCAGUGGGAUAGGGAAAGCUGUUAAAAUUGUUUAUUUAAACUUCCAAAAAUUGCCUAUGCAUUCUUGAAUGCUGUUGACUUCUAAACUAAGGGUGUUGGAUUGAAGCACUCCUGAGGUGUGUGCUCCCAUGGGGACACUGAUUGAGGCAGCUGUGAUAGGAGUCCCUCAAAUGCUUUUGGUGGCUGUAGCAUUCUAAUAGGAUUAGUUGCUAACUUAAGUGCUUAUGCUGAGUGCCCAAAUCACUCAUAUAGUUCUGUCAAUUAAUUCACCUCAACCCAUCGGUACUCCUUUAGAAUAUUUAAAACUUACAGCUGCAAUAUUUUCUCUGUGUGUGAUGCCCUCCCCCUCCUCCUUGUGCCCACAACCCUACUUCUUUUAGCAUAAACAUGAAUCUAAAAUCUUCCUUUCCAUACUUGGCUCAUCACUAUUUCCUUUUCAACAAAUUACAUUCUGCUUUGUCAGUAUGUGACUUCUUAUCAGAAAUUUUUUUUGUGUAAAAAGUCCCUUUCUGAAGAGGCCUUGAACCUUGGGAACACAGACAUAACGAAGGUUAGUUUUUUUUCCGUGACUGUAUUUCAUCACUGUUGCCUUUCAUUGUCUGUUAUGAACUCCAUUGUGUCCUUCAAGCUGUUAGUUAAUUCUUCUCACUGGUGAAUUUAAUACCUCAGCUGGAAAAUUCUGGUUUGCUAAUCUUGUUCUCCAUCUGACAAAUCGAUCUUGAUGCAGUUUGUACAACUUCUCAGCCUUACCUGUGGUGAUGCUUGAGUUUACAAAGCUCCUGGGAAGUGAGCUUAUCCAAGCAGUACUAGUUGAAGGGGAGGGAUGGGCUUGGUAAAUGGAAGUAAAAGGAAAUCACUCACUUGGAAGCUCAAGUUUUUGCUGUAGCAAGGCAUUUGAAUGUGCUUGUUUACUUUCAUGGUUUAAGGACAAGAGCAAAUUUUAAAGGGUAAAGUUUAUUUCAGAAUGAAGUUCAGAUUUUUUUUUAAAGCCUUUGGUAGGUAACAGAAGGUAACAAAUACUCUUUCAUUAGUCAUACCAAAAGAAAUCUUAAAAUUGGGUAACUUCUUGAUUAAAAAAAACUGUUCUAAACCGCAGUGACACUAUAAUCUCUUGUUUGGGGCAGUGCUUCUUGCAGUUAGCAGAGCAGGUUGACCAUGUCUCACGUGGUUGUGUGUUCCUUGUUUUCAUGUUUUUUGUUAUUUGUUGUGUUGUAAGAUUGUUAAACCGCUGCACUUGGCAACUGUCUACUGUCAUCUUCCACACCAAGCAGGUUGUAAUCAUGGUAGUGGAGCAGAAAGCAUGUUUUUCAGACCUUAAGGGAAAUGCAAGGCUGAUGUGGAGCAGUCUUGCAGAUCAUUUUUCUUCCCUAUUUUAUGACUGUUAGUGGCAAACUGAUUGUUUUCUAUAGCUGGGAAAGAUAGGAAAAGCCAAGACCUUUGAGCUUGUGCAAGGUAGAUGCUCCAUUAGCCAAACACAGGAUCUUCAGGAAAGGGGCUCUCAACAGUGAGAAGUCACACCAUUCCCAGUGGAAUGUGUUGGAUUAAACCAGACUUUGUGGCUUAGAGACCUUCAGUGGGAAGGAAAUAGUGUGAAAUGUUUGCACAGGCUGGUUGGUAAGGAGGUGCUCCACCCAAGUGAUGUGCUGAGACCCUGGAAAAGGCACUGUUUGAGGAUUUUUCAUUUUUAUUUUUAUUUUAAAUUUUAUUUUUAAGUGACUCUAACAGUUGGUCUGAUCUGUAGAGAUUAUGUAAUUAGGAGGCCAGUCAACCUGGGGAGAGAGGGAAGAGACUGUUCAAAAAAUCAUUUCUAAAAACGGAAGCAGCUUUGUAGCUGAUCAGUUUGCAAUACUUUGUGUUUGGGCUUUUCUUUGUAUUAAAAUAGUGUGGAUGGUGCUCUGCACUGAAUUCUUUCAUAAAGGGUUUUUUACUGUUUGGAAAUGUCAGAAAACUGACUGGGAUGGCCCUGAAGGCCACUGGGAUCUUAGAUGGCCAGACUUCACCAAAUUUUUGGUUCAAGGUUUCACAGUCUCUUUCUGCAGCCUUCUAAAGUUGUCAAGCUGCUAUCACAGUUUCCCUGUGGUGUGGAAUUUAGUUCAUCAACAUCCCAAAUAUCUUUGAUUUGAUUUUAUGGAGAGAUGGCACAGAGGGAAACUUCAUGGAAAUGAAAAGGAAAGGAAAACAAGUUAGUUGAAAUCUAGCAAGCAAACUUUGGCACUAAAUGCUGAAAUAACUUCAGUUCCUGCACCAGCCUAUUUUUGUGGCAUUGCAACUGUGUUUUUCCUCUAUCAAGUGGUUUUGGGUUUUUUCCCAUGUAGAGACCCUUGCAAAAUGCAAGAUGAAAGAGACCUUAGAAGAGAAAUGUGAAAAAUAUCUUAUAAAAUGGAUAAAAUAGAGUGUGAACUAGAGAAGAAGUAUAUGUUUCUAAAUUUUUGGUAGUAGUAAUUCUUAAAUGUUAUCAGAUAAUAAGUGUCAAGUCUUCAGUGUGUGAAAGUUUUCUGUUUUUUGGUUUUGUUUUUUUUUUUUUUAGCAAGUUUCCAUUUACCCUUUUGUAUCACAGUGUGGUAGUUAAUGCUGCUGCUUUGUACACAAGUGCUUUGAAUAGUCUCAGCGCGGAGAAUGUGUCCAAUCUUUCUAAGAUGUGACUUCAAGUUAGAGCCAUUGGUUCUAAGCCUCUUCACCAAAACCCUUUGAACACUUGCAGACACAGGGCCACAGCAUAUUAGGAAUAUAUUCCAUUUUGUGUCAUUUUCUUUGUUACUGCGGAUUUUUCAGUGUUCUUUUAAACACAAGUCCAUUUGUGUCCUGUGAGUAAACUGAGCUCAAAUUAUAAAAGAACCUUUGUCAUCUUCAAGCACUGUCAUCCCCCAAGAGUCCCCAAGCCUCUUGUAUGUUGUGGUAUUUAGGUGCAUCAUUUAUUCAUUGGAGUGAAUUGUAUUUCUUUUGAGCUAAAUGUGAUUGAAACUAUUCUAAGGCCUUCUACCACGGAUUAAAUGAAGUAAUGUACCUUUCAAAGAGAUUUAUAUUGUGUAAAUAAUUUCAAACUGCAACAAUAAAGUUGGUUUCUAAUGGC